AGAUCAUCGUUCAUCCAAUUUUCUCAUCAGAAGUACUGGUACUUCUCUGUACUAAGAGGACAUCCGCAGUCUCUGGUCAUCUCCUGUACUGCGUCCGCAGUCUCUGGUCAUCCCCUGUACUGUGUCUGCAGUCUCUGGUCAUCUCCUGUACUAUGUCCGCAGUCUCUGGUCAUCUCCUGUACUAUGUCCGCAGUCUCUGAUCAUCAUCUGUACUAUGUCCGCAGUCUCUGGUCAUCUCCUGUACUAUGUCCGCAGUCUCUGGUCAUCUCCUGUACUAUGUCCGCAGUCUCUGGUCAUCUCCUGUACUGUGUCUGCAGUCUCUGGUCAUCUCCUGUACUGUGUCCGCAGUCUCUGGUCAUCUCCUGUACUAUGUCCGCAGUCUCUGGUCAUCUCCUGUACUAUGUCCGCAGUUUCAUCUCCUGUACUAUGUCCGCAGUCUCUGAUCAUCAUCUCUGUACUCCUGUACUAUGUCCGCAGUCUCUGGUCAUCUCCUCUACUAUGUCUGCAGUCUCUGGUCAUCUCCUGUACUAUGUCCGCAGUCUCUGGUCAUCUCCUGUACUAUGUCUGCAAUCUCUGGUCAUCUCCUGCACUAUGUCUACAGUAUCUGGUCAUCUCCUG